UGUCAGUGAUGAAAAAGAAUACAACCAAAUCUUCGAUAGUGCAUCCUAUCCCGAAAGGAAUCGAAAAUUCGCAUAUUCCCCGGAAAACUAACGUUUGUCAACUCGAAUAGUUUUCGAGAAGACCAAUUACUAAAUCCGGUAAACGGGGCACCUGAAGUACUGCGUUAAGACGUUUUCUUUUGUUGCUUUGUGUUUUUCUUUGCUUGCACCUAACCUCUCCGGUGACGUUUUCUGACACUGAUGGAGGGAAAUCUGCUAGCAAAUACGCUAUUUGCGGCUGCAUUAUUUUGCUCCAUGAUCCAUUGGAUUCUCUUGAAAUUUUCCGGUGUUUAAAUAAGUACCUCUUUAAGAACCGCCAAAAGCUAUCAACAUGAGCAGCAAAAAAGCAACAGCGAAGAAUGAGCAGCCCGUAGAUGACGGAGCAGAGUUUUCUGUGGAAAAAAUUCUAGACAGGAGAGUUGUGAAUGGAAAGGUCGAAUAUUAUCUGAAAUGGAAAGGAUAUUCGUCAGAGGAGAACACUUGGGAACCAGAAGAAAACUUAGAUUGUCCUGACUUGAUUCAAGCAUUUGAGGACGCCAGGAAGAAGAAGGAAAAAGACGGCAAAGAAGAAAGCUCCGGAAGAAAAAUUGGUCGUAAAUCAGGUGUCUCUUCCGACGAUUCUAAGGCUCCUGCGGCGAAAAGGAAGUCUACCGCCGCAGAAGACAAAAAGAUUGGUUUCGAACGAGGUCUAGAACCGGAAGAAAUUCUUGGUGCCACCGACCACAAUGGCCAGCUGAUGUUUUUGAUGAAAUGGAAAGACGCUGCCAAUGCUGAUCUCGUACCGGCCAAACAAGCAAACGUCAAAUGUCCGCAGAUCGUUAUCAAAUUCUACGAAUCCCGCCUAACAUGGCAAACGUCUGAGAAGAAAAAUGAUUCGAAAGAUGACUACGCCUAAGUGAGCAACCAGUAGUAUAAAAAAUACAGCUUAAUUGUAAGAGUAUGGAUAUGUGAAUGUAUUUUAAGUAUCCUUGUUUUUCUUUCCUAUUAUAUCGAAACUGGCAAAGAGCGUGAUGAAAAGUGACACACAUGUUUCAUCGCCAGCAUAUAACAUCGUAACAUCAAGAAGUUUAUUCUCCUGAUACUUAGGAACCGGGCGAACAGAUUUUUCUUGUUCAAACAAACCAAUCCAUUCGACAUUGUAAAUUAAAAUUGAUGAUAAAUCAGGCCAUUUCAUUCAUAUAUAAGUAUUGAAUAACAAGUAGUACAUCCAGGUGAUCGAAAAGUUUGUUAUGAAAAUAUUUUGCAGAAUUCUUUUUUCUUGUUUUCUUAUUAUACUGACAUGAUUUGUUAUUAUCAUUGAGAUGGAUAGAGACUUUGAAGAAUGGGAUAUUAUCCAGUUCAAAAUAUUAGAGUUAUAGAGCCUGCAUAACACUAUAACUUUCCGGCAAUGCUUGCGUUGGAUGAUUUGAGUCAUCGUACACAUAUGUAUUUUUUUGAAAUUAUGAAAUAAGCCAUUCUCAUGGAUAUGGCACAUUCACUGGAUAAUUUUGCUUUGUGUCGUUUUUGCCAUUUGAAAACCCUUCAUUUUAAUGACACCAGAGCAUUGACUACAAAAUAGGAGAAUAUUGGUUUACAAAAGCAGUCUCACCAUAUGACAUAUUUUAUUCCUUUAUAAAAGAAAACAAAUCUGAACUAUGUGUAAGAAAGCGAACAAUUGAAUAUUAGUAAUCAAUAAAGUUAAAAGAGAGCAUGUCCAUGGAUUAAGUA